AUGACACAGGGCAAGCUGUCACUUGCAAGCAAGGCCACCAACGGCUCCUCCAGUGUAGAAGCUUUAGUGUCACCAACUCCUCCCAGCUAUGAGGAAGCCACUGCAGGCACCAGUGCUCCUUUCUACAAUGAUGUUGAGAUGCUCACAGAGUGCAACUGGGAUGAUCGCAACAUCAGGAGGGUGUUCAUCCGUAAGGUGUACGCCAUCUUGAUGAUCCAGCUUUUGGUGACUCUUGCGAUUGUUGCUAUUUUCACAUUCUGUGAUCCAGUGAAAGAAUACAUUCAAACCAACCCUGGCUGGUACUGGGCCUCUUAUGCUGUGUUCUUUGUCACAUAUCUGACACUUUCUUGCUGCUCGGCACCACGGAGACAGUUUCCAUGGAAUCUGAUUCUGCUUGGCAUCUUUACCCUCUCGCUGUCCUACAUGACAGGGAUGUUGUCCAGCUUCUAUAACACCAAGUCAGUGGUGAUGUGUCUGGGCAUCACAGCAGCAGUCUGUCUCCUGGUCACAGUCUUCAGCUUCCAAACUAAGUUUGAUGUGACAUCUUACCAAGGCGUGCUCUUCGUCUUCUGCAUGGUCAUGUUCAUGUCUGGACUGGUGCUGGCACUCGUCCUUCCCUUUCAAUAUGUACCCUGGUUGGAUGCCACCUACGCUGUCCUAGGAGCCAUACUGUUUACAAUGUUUUUGGCAUUUGACACCCAGCUCCUCAUGGGGAACAAGCGUUACACCAUGAGUCCAGAAGAGUACGUCUAUGCCUCUCUCAACAUCUACCUAGAUAUCAUCUACAUCUUCUCCUUCUUCCUCCAAAUCUUUGGAACAAAACAAGAGUAAAGCCCACCUUUCUUACCUGUAAAGGAUGGGAAUCUAGGCAGACAUGAUUUUAAUGACAAUGCUUCCAAUUUUAACAGCUUUAUUUUUUGCCUGAUACUGAUGAGGCCACAGAUUCUUUGUGAAUCUCUUGUCCGGCUAUACAUGUACAUAGAUGAAUGUCAGUGUUCACACCCAAAAUGUCUACUACCUUUCCCUCCUCUCUAGCAUGUUGUGAACCCACACCUCAUUAUAAGGUUAGCUUACUAGCUUUACCAGCAAGAAUCAAUCGGUGAUCUUACUCCAUUUAACGUAGAUAAAACAAACUGUGAGAGUUCAUCUGAAGUUGAUUGGGUGUCUUUAUGUCCAUUCCUGCCUAGAUAUCACACAUGUCCUGCAAAAAAUAGAUUUCAAUGCUCUUUGAGAGGUAUGUGAUCUAUAAUACAUUAUGCAUGACUCUAAAAAAGCUCUAACUAUGCGAAUUGUAGUCAUCACAUCAUUGGGCUAUUUUUUGUAGAUGGUGAUUUAAUGACUGAAAGCACAAAUGUGAUUAUAAAAAAAAAAAAAAAAAAUGUGUUUUCAAGCAUAUCCAAUGUUGUCUCAAUACUGUGAAUUAAAAGAAACCCCAUGCUGUUUUGGGGGGAUAGGUGACAUGUUGUUUUUUUUAGCUUUUGAAUGACAAUUUAGAAAUAUUAUUCAUUGAAUUUGGGAUAUUGUUACUCAUCUCUACCUUGAUUUGCUAUAUUGUCUAUGUGUUGGUUUUACUCCAUUUAACUCGGAGGCUGUCAUUCAAUGCACUCCCAGUGUUGUUUUCUAAAUAUGUGUGUUUGAAACCUGAAAUGAUGUGAAUGAACAAUGUGAGAACCAUUUUUUUUUUUCAUGAAAGACAUUUAGUUUGGGCAAAGAUUGAUUGUUCGCAUUAUAGUUUUCAGUCUUGAUAUUAUUUAAACUUAAACUUAUUUGUUCUGAAGUGGUUUCACAUGAUAAUCAAAUAUAAAGAUGACAGUGCCAUACAUUCAUGAAUUUACUGUAACUUUUGAUAAGGCCUACUUUUGUGGAAGGGCUUGAAAGCAUGACAUUUGAAGUUUAUUUUUUUAUGACAGAAUGAUAUAUUUCAGAAAGUCUGUGAUAUAAAAUGGUGAGUUUGAAGCUUGUUAUGAAUUCAUAAGUUGUCUAAAGUGGCCUUGGACUACCUUUGUGUGAUGAUAUUGAUGCAGUAUAUUGUUUUUAGAGAA